UGAGACAUAAGUGAGCAUGGGAUUUUUUGUAGGAAAAUGUUGUUUAGAGAGCACUUUUUUAAGCCAUAAGCAGUGCUUUUCAAGGAAAUUCACAACAUAAACAAUAGAAUAGGUAAAUAAUGCAUAUUAACGCAAUACAUGCAUAAGCAUAUUCACACAUUUACAUAUGCACAUACAUACGCAUAUACAGUAUAUCAACACACAAGCACAAAAAAAAGACUCAAAGUCAGCUGUUUGGAAAAAUAUUCUAUCAUAGCCACCAUAUACUUCUAUCAUAAUGAUCUAAACCCUUAUACAUUUUCACAAUUUAUUUUAAUUGAUUACUUAAUUCAUGUUUAUUUCUGGUUUACGACUACAACGACUUGACACACCAAGCUAAGCUGCAUCUCAAAUUAAUCUUCAGGUUCCCAGCUUUCACAUGAUGUACACCACUUCUAUGUGACAUUUACUGUUGACCUGCUAUCUCCACCUAAAAAAACCCUGAACAAAAAAAAAAGACAAAAACAGGUCUAUUAUGGGUCUCAGAGAGUUUACAAUAGUGUAUGGCCUAAUGCUUGGUCCUUCAUAACGUAAUAUAAUACAUUGUGAAAGUUUAUGAUUCAUUCAGUGACUUCAGUGAAAAUGGUUCACUUCAGCCUCUUCUGAAUGUGCAGUUAAACUUACAGGAAGUCUGUGCUAUCUGUCUUCUAACAUGUAUUCACACAGGAAGAUGUCACAGCAGAACACAUGGGCAGGGUGUGCAGGAAAUAAGUCACGCAAGACAACCUCACAACGACAUCUAAAAUAGGAAGAGUUCACAGAGCCUGUGGCUGUGCAAGGUUAGUCUCUUGCUUCCUCCUUUGUACCUACUCACACAUUACCGGAGCGUUGCAGAGCUGAGAUAAUUAAUCACUUCUUUUGACAGAAGUGGCAAUGCAAGAUACUCUGCUGCGAGUGUUUGUGGUGGCUCUGGGUCUCCUAAUGUCACCGAGGGACGACCCCAGCGUUGAGGAAUGGGAUGAGGUCACCACAGUGGGCAUGCAAAAGCAUGAAGAGAGGCUGCAGAGAGGAGGAGAGAAAGUGGACCAUGAAAUGGCACCCGUCGACGAGGAAAUGACACACACUGACAAUAGAGGGCCUCUGGAUGACGUAAAAAACAUUCAGUCUGAUCAAAGUGUUACUGGAAAAGAUGAAAAGUCAGUCUUAGAAGAUGUCACCAAGCAAGAUUCAGAGGGAGGCGGUGCUGAUCAUAACUCACCAGAAGGGGGACAUUUUAUAGCAGAUCCAAGUUGGCCUCAAAACUCCAAAAGUGAACCCGAGACUCCUCUGAAGGCACCACAAAUUGAUCAUGAGCAACAUGGGAAUUUACAGCUGGAUAUGAAGAGUAAACACAUCCAGACUGAUGGCUCAUUUACAGACCCAAACAGACCACAAGAGCAACAAGAAAAGUCAGGGGAGAAAGAAGUGUUCAGCUCCAAAGAGCAAGAAUCCCCUCUGUCACACCUUCACACCACGACAUCAGAAAAUGAAACUUCAGAGGCCAUCUCUGACUGGGAGGGCGACUGUCUCUGGUACAUAUGGAACACGCUAUCCAUCAUUUCUUUGAUCCGCCUCUUUAGGAAAUACCUUGGGAAAAAAUCCCAAAUGAAACCAGAAGAAACCGGAGCCUUCACUGUGACCUGCACCGCUGCUGAAGUGCGGCUACCGGACAGCGACACUCUGCAGCGAUUUCACUCUAAAUGUGUUCAAGUCUCAUCUGAUAAGAAGUGUAAAGAGUUUUUGGAGGGUUUUGCACAGGAUCUAUUGGAGGCCAUGAGGGCCGUCUGCGGUAGAAAUGGCGGAAUGGUGAUCGAGGACUUUCAGAAAGUGAAUGAGUGUGAUAUCGUCGUCCCCUUUACCCCGCCUGAUCCCUAUGGUUUCGAGUGUCUGCUCUGGAACAACCAAGCAAGUGACCUGCUGCCAGAUAUGCAAGUCUGCGGUCAAAUCAAACUUGUGGAAAAUAAGGAAAUCCCAAAUGGCUGCCACUGUCAGUCUCCCAAUUCAGAUGAUAUGGUGUGCUUGCUGCAUUGCGAGACUGAGAAGAUGAAAAUGGCCGAUGCUUGUGAUGGCCUUCUUUGCAUGAAGAACUCCCCCUUGCUGUCCAAAUCACAGGUCAACAGAUGGUUUCAGAGCACCAUCAAACAAGCGUGGGAACAGAUUUCACACAAGUACGAGUUUGAGCUGAACAUUCGCUACAUCGGUGCUCCAGGUGCUCUGACAGUUCGAUUCAGAUCGGGGAAGACAAUUAGCUUCAGUAUGAAUCCUGUGGUUAAACUCAACGCUGACGCCCAUUUCUUCAUUACUCGUUGCUCCCCAAACAACUUGGAUGCAUUCUGGACGCUCUCCCUGACCAACUAUGAGGAUCGUUUCCUGGAACACAUCUCUAAACUCCUGCCUGUAGACUCAUGCCACAGUCAAACUCUUGAAAUUGCACGUUUCCUUCACAAGAGACAGACAGCACUGUCAGGAAGUUGUGCCCUCAAGGAUUCUCAUUUCAAAACUGCACUAAUGCAUCUGCUUUUGACCAAAGACCCGUCGCAGUGGAGACCCGGCUAUGUGGCUUUUAGACUACGAGACUUAUUGUCCUUCAUGGGGAGAAGCCUCGAGAAAAAGCUGCUGCACCAUGUUCUCAUUGGAAACCCUUUAAGUCAGAGGGUUAUUGAACUUCCUGCUGAAUUUACUGCAGCAAAGAAAGUGAAUCUCUUCCAUCCCCUUGUGGUACACAACUGCAUCUACAGAAAUGCUGUACUGCAUUUCCAGGAAAUGCUUAGAAAUGCACAUAUGCUGAUACAUGAUUAUGUUGAUUAGUGUAUUAACGGUCUCAAUUGUUCCAUUUAAAAAACAUCACUUGAUUUUAGUGUGCAAUUUAGAGCCCUCUGAGACUCACAAUGGACCCAUUUGUGUCUAUUUAUUAUGGGGGUACAGGUUUUUUUUAGGGGGAGAUAGCAGGUCAACAGUAGAUGUCACAUAGAAGUGGUGUACAUCAUCUGAAAGUUGGGAACUUGAAGAUUAAUUUGAGAUGCAGCUCAGUACUGUGUGUUAAG